AUGAGACAUCACCUUCCUGUAUUGACCUUCGCGGCUGCUGUGAGCGGCGUGCAAGCCUACCAGCAGCAACUUGACGUCCCGGAUUCAGCAUUCACCUCGUGGCAGCUUCCUACUGCCGUUUCAGGACCAUGUGACGUUUCAAUUGGACCUGACAACCUUGUUUACGUGCAAGAGUUCUUUGCCAACAAGAUUGCGCGAUUCAAUCAGAACACUGGUGAAUUCACAGAGUACGACAUUCCCUUCACCGUGCCUGGACUGGACAACUUCACCCUACCGCUGCCUGGCCAUGCAAAGUUCGAACUCCUGUCUUGUGCCAUACGUACUGGCUAUGAUGGUUUCAUGUACUUUAGCAACGGUGCUCACAAUCAGCUCGUCCGCCACGAUGUCCACAGCGGCGAAACCGUUGUCUUUACUCCUCCUCCAUCCCUCUUGAGUAUCUUAGGCAAUCUUCAGCCUUUGAAUGACUUGACUACUGCUCCGGACGGAGUCUAUUUCACGCAGACCACGGGAAAUCAGAUCACAAAGUUCGACUACGAGACACAUGAGUUCACGUCAUGGACUGUGCCUACACUGCUCUCGAUCCCUCUAGGCAUCUACUAUUCACAGCAUGAUGAUGGAGUCUGGUUCCUAGAGUUCGGCGCUUCGAAAGUCGGCCGCCUAGAUCGCCACACCCAUGAGAUCGAGGAGUUCGACCUACCCUUGGAUGCACUACAACCUCUGGUCAUGCGUGCCGAGACAGUCAACCAAGAUGGCAGUACGACUCUCUGGUUCGCAUGCACGACCUCGUCCACCAUUACGGGUAUCAACACACGAACUGGAGGCAUCACUCCAUACCACGAGCCUAAUGCUCCCACAGAGACCGUCGAAGUAGCACAAGACUUGAAAGGAAACGUGUGGGCGACCCACAUUCUGCAGAAUACACUAGGCGUACUCAACCCCAAGACGGGUAAUGUCAGCGUCGUUGUCGAACCAAGUGUUAUUCUGGACACCCCAGGCAUCACAGUCCCAUUCUACGGCGAGAGCGGUAUCUUCGGGUACGCUGUCGGUCAGCCACCAGGCCAAGGACAGAAAGACAUUCUCGGCGACUCGAUCUGGUAUACGCAUUUCUUGACCAACCAGUUGAUCAGGCUGGACCUGACGAACGUCGAGAUUCCUUGA